UAGCGCAUUUUGGACCAAUUCUAGACAUACACCACUUUCCUUUACUAAUGGCAUUGCAACUUGGAAUAGUUUCACCAAGACAAACGGCGAUAUUAUAUAUUUUAAAAAAAGGGUAAUAUCCACUCAAUCCAAAUGAGUUUUCUAUAGACAGACAACAUCUAGGGCGGGUCAUGACAGUGAACCGAAGCAGUUGACGUCGCUGAACUUGUUCACAACAGCGUUCGCUCCUGACUGAACACGGCCGCCGGGGAUCUGACAAGUGGCUUUGAGGUUUCCUGUUUCUGGACAUUAAAAAACGACGUUAUUUUCAACAGGAGACUGUAGAAGGCAUUAAUCCAAUUACAAAGAUGAUUUCCAAACUGAGCCACAGCCUGAGGAGCGCUGCCCCGGCUCUGACCAGAGCUGUCCACUCUGGGACGCGUCCUGCCUCUACCGCUGCCUCCAAGAAGAUGGAGCAACCGCUCACCGCUGAGGAGGUGUAUGCCAGAGAGGAGAAGUAUGGAGCACACAACUACCACCCACUUCCUGUGGCGCUGGAGAAAGGAAAGGGUCUGUAUUUGUGGGACGUGGAGGGCAACAGAUACUACGACUUCCUGAGCGCCUACAGCGCAGUGAACCAGGGCCACUGCCAUCCCAAGAUCAUCGCUGCUCUGAACGCCCAGGCCUCCAAGCUCACCCUGACCUCCAGGGCCUUCUACAACGACAUCCUGGGGGCCUACGAGGAGUACAUCACCACCCUGUUUGGAUACGACAAAGUACUGCCCAUGAACACAGGUGUGGAGGGCGGAGAGACGGCCUGUAAGCUGGCCCGUAAGUGGGCCUACACCGUAAAAGGCGUUCCCAAGAAUCAGGCGAAAAUCAUCUUUGCAAACGGUAACUUCUGGGGGCGAACCAUGGCAGCCAUCUCUAGCUCUACAGAUCCUAGCAGCUACGAGGGCUUCGGUCCCUUCAUGCCCGGCUUUGGGCUCAUCCCUUACAACGACAUACCUGCUCUGGAG